AUGGUCAUAGUUGACAAGUACGGAGUUCAUCGCCUCGAGGUUCGAUGCUGUGAUUGUCCAAAUGCCAUGAGUCCAGAUAUUCAAAUGUUUCAACAUGGAUUUUUCCUUACAUCAUUCAACAGGCCAAAGACUGUCAUGUUUCCUCACCUUGUUCCAGACCGAUACAGAGAGCUCAUGAAAGUUGCUCGACAGUGGAGGCAGUUGAAGACCAUGAAAUGGUAUGGCUUUGGCCAUUGUUCUGACACCCCGAAUGCCGGAGAUCUCGCACUGUUCUGCCCGGCAUGUCCUCAGCCUGGGAUUAAUGUAUUCUUGUCAGGGGAUGAAUCACUUGAUGACUGGAAAUACACUUGGUCAUUUGUAAUGGAUGGAAAUUUCAAAGCCAAACAUCUGCAUCCCAUCAAGCCAUUUGAUGAAGUUUGGCUUUCUGAUGGGCUGGGGUUUAUGGUGGGAAAGGAGAGGUAUAAAAAUCAUCUUGCAGAGGCAGCUGACACUGCAUGCACGGGUAUCGGGGGAGUUGCCUGUGCCCGACACAGUUGCUUUGUCUCUCAUGCGAUGGUAGAUUUACAGAAAGGCGAAAGGCAAGCUGAACAUUUAUGA